AGGAUUGCAGAGGGGAGGAAAGAAAGAAAAAAAAACAUAAAGCAUCAGGUUCAGACCAGACUUGUUGAUCUCCAUCAGGAGCCUGCAGGAAAAAAAAAAAACCCAGGAAAGAUCAUCCGUUAUCUGUAUCCACCUGCUUUUCUCUGCAUGGUCCAGGGAUAGAAAGAGGAGCCCCUGGGGCUGGUUCUGAAAAGGAAGAUCCAAGAAGGAUCCGGGGGUUCUGCCUGUUGGGGAAGGAGAGGUUUCUCUGCAUGCAAACAAACUGGGAUACUACUCUGAAGGCUGGGAAGGAGGUCAUCAGGAUUCCACGGAGAAAAUGUCCCACCGGUCUGCCGCUUCCCUGAUGCUCUCGGAAUGGAGGUGAAAUGGAAUAAGUUGGCACCUCCAUGUGACUUUUGAUUUUUUUUUCCCCCCCCACCCCCUACUACCCUCCCCAAGGUAGAAGCCGUUCCUUAGAUUUUAAGAGAGAGGUUCAUUCCGCUCACAGCUAUGCCCGGGUGGAUGAAUAAGCAUGGAUCUCGAUCGACUACCUCGUUGCCUCCGGAUCCCAUGGAUAUUAUCAGGAGCAAGGCUUGCUCUAGGAGGGUGAAGUUAAACGUUGGGGGGUUGGCACAUGAAGUUUUAUGGAGGACCCUGGAUAGGUUACCGAGAACCCGGCUUGGGAAACUUAGAGACUGCAACACUAAUGAAUGCCUCAUGGAAAUAUGCGACGACUACAACCUGGAGGAGAACGAGUAUUUUUUCGACAGACACCCCGGCGCCUUUACGUCCAUCUUGAACUUCUACCGUACGGGGAAAUUGCACAUGAUGGAGGAGAUGUGCGCCCUGUCCUUCAGCCAAGAGCUGGACUAUUGGGGCAUCGACGAGAUCUAUCUGGAGUCGUGCUGCCAGGCUAGAUACCACCAGAAGAAGGAACAGAUGAACGAGGAGCUCAAGCGAGAAGCGGAGACCCUACGGGAGCGAGAAGGGGACGAGUUUGAUAACACCUGUUGUGCCGACAAGAGGAAAAAACUGUGGGAUUUGUUGGAGAAACCAAACUCAUCGGUAGCAGCCAAGAUCUUGGCAAUUAUAUCCAUCCUCUUCAUUAUAUUAUCUACAAUUGCCUUGUCACUAAACACACUUCCAGAUCUACAAGGUAUAGAUGAAUUUGGACAAACCACAGACAAUCCUCAGCUGGCACAUGUGGAAGCUGUUUGUAUUGCAUGGUUCACAAUGGAAUACCUCUUGAGAUUUUUGUCUUCACCAAAUAAGUGGAAGUUUUUUAAGGGACCACUAAAUGUCAUUGACUUGCUAGCGAUCUUACCGUAUUAUGUCACAAUAUUCCUCACGGAAUCAAACAAAAGUGUACUUCAAUUCCAAAAUGUCCGCCGGGUGGUGCAGAUAUUCCGAAUCAUGAGAAUACUUCGAAUUCUUAAACUGGCCAGGCACUCUACCGGUCUUCAGUCCUUGGGUUUCACCUUGAGAAGGAGCUACAAUGAACUCGGGUUGCUCAUUUUGUUUUUGGCAAUGGGUAUCAUGAUAUUUUCCAGCUUAGUGUUUUUUGCCGAGAAGGAUGAGGACGAUACAAAGUUUAAAAGCAUACCAGCCUCAUUUUGGUGGGCCACGAUCACAAUGACAACGGUUGGCUAUGGUGACAUCUACCCUAAGACGCUUCUGGGUAAAAUAGUGGGAGGUUUAUGUUGUAUUGCGGGGGUUCUGGUAAUAGCUCUUCCAAUCCCUAUUAUAGUCAACAAUUUUUCAGAGUUCUACAAAGAACAGAAGAGGCAGGAGAAAGCCGUCAAGCGUAGGGAGGCAUUGGAAAGAGCCAAACGAAAUGGUAGCAUUGUUUCCAUGAAUAUGAAAGAUGCCUUUGCUCGUAGUGUAGAACUUAUGGAUGUGGUUGUGGAAAAGACAGAUGAAACCUCAGGAAGGAAAGAUAAAGUCCAAGAUAAUCACUUAUCACCUAGCAGAUGGAAAUGGACAAAGAGGACCUUGUCAGAGACAAGUUCUAAUAAAUCUUUUGAUGCAAAAGAGCAAGCAUCUCCAGAGAAGACUCGAUCCAGCUCAAGUCCUCAACACCUCAAUGUCCAGCAGUUAGAGGACAUUUACAACAAAAUGGCAAAAACACAGUCUCAGCCAAUACUUAACGCAACAGAUUUAAAUCAGCCUAGCAAACCAGCAGAGGAGCUAGAGAUGGAAGCAAUUCCUGGUCCUAGAGUACCAAUGUUAGCAACUCACCGAGAGGGAGUUAUUGAUAUGAGAAGCAUGUCAAGCAUAGACAGUUUCAUAAGCUGUACAGCUGAAUUCCCAGAGUCCGGUAGGUACUCACAUAGUCCCCUUGCCAUUCUUCCAUACAAGAUGAAUAUAAAUCCAGGGCAGAACACUUCUCAUGGGUAUAAAGAAAGUCGUGAUAGACCAUUAUCCUCAGAUGUUAGCAGAGAGAGUUUUACAGAAAUUCACCCCAAAACUGAUUUAAACCGUCAUUCUACAUAUAUUUUGGAAAGUCCAAAAACUUUAAUGAAGGUCAAAAACCCUUUAAUGUUGAGGUCAUUUAAAGUCAACUUUUUAGAAGGAGAUAAUAGCACACUGCUACCUGCACCAAAUGUAUUAAGCCCCACAUCACAUAGACAGGAAGGCCCAUCUAAGCUAGACACCUCUUUCAUUUCUGAACAUUCCAUACGAAGUCCAGAAACUUCACUGUACACCACAGCUAGUGCAAGGACACCCUCCAAAUCUCCUGAGAAACACAUGGCAAUAGCUUUUACUUUUCAUGAUGCUAAUGUACAUAAAUACAUAGACGCUGACACUGAUGAUGAGGGACAACUGCUGGAUGGAUUGGAUUCCAGUCCUUCCAAAGAAUUGCUAGGAACCAUGAGCCCAAAAUAUAACAUAACGAAUAGCGGCCAUCGAAUGCAGAGAGAUAAUGUCCAUAGAGGGGACAAGAACCACUUAGAGAGCGCUCCUUUCUUGAGUUCAUCAAGGUAUGUAGGUCAAAACUGCAUUUACUCAACAGAAGGUAUGACUGGAAGAGGUCAGGGCAAUCUGGAGACAGUCAAGAUGGACAACCACAUUUCACCAGAAGUCCAUGUGCUGCCCGGUGGUGGACAUUCAAAUAAACAUGAUCCCAGCAUCUGAUCUAAAAGACAAUAAACAUUGUGAGAACUGUUCACUCAUGCACACAGAGCUUCUGCAUGGCAUAAACAUGAACCAGAACUAGCAUCCUCUCCCUUUAGUUAGAGGGAAGGCGUUGAGAGGCGGACAAUGAACAAUUCUUCUCUUUGAGGAUGUUUUCUAAACCAUGCUAGAGAUGUCAGCCACCACUUUGGUAGAAACAAAAAUUGCUAUUAUUUGAUCUCCUUUAAUGAACACUCUCUCUCUCUCUUGAAAGCCAUUGUGACCAAAUACCCCCUUAUGUAAGAGGAACCUGCUUUUUUUAUUUAUACAACUUUCAUUUUAUGACGAAGGUAAAGAGGAAACAAAACAGGAAUAUUCAGGUCAUUGUGGAUAGCUGGGAUAAGAAAUACGUUUAAUGACUUUUUGGUUUCAUCCCUGGUCACACAAUACUAAAGAAGAAUAAGAAGAAAAAAAACAGGGACAAGAAUAGAACUGUGUUUAUCUAUUUCUUUAUUUUUUUGUAUUUAUUUGUAAUUUACUGAAACAUAGUCAAGGUGAGUUGCACCAGUUGAUCUGUAUUAUGGAAACAAAUUAUACAUCAAAUGAUCCUGCUCAAUUUUGAAAGAAUAUUAUCGGGGGAGGUUGGGACAUUAACACUACAUCAUUCUAACAGAUGGAAAAUUCACCUAGACAAGUUUUCCUGCCUUUUUUUUGGUAAUAUUUUCAUGCAGGACAUGAUAUUUACUACGAAUGUUGUUCUCGGGCACAUUGCUUGACCUGGUGUAAAGAAAAUGCCUAAUUAACGAGGCAAAUUUUUAGGCCAAGACAAAUCUCAAUGCCUUAAAGAAUAUCAAAAAAUAAAAAUUACAUUGAGAAUUAUUAGUCAUGGGAGCAUUUUCCCAAUCAGGCAUGAAAACCCAUAGAAAAAAGGUGGAAGAUUUGGCUCGGCAAGUUAUUCACCUGUUUGUAAAUCUAGCCCUUAUCUUUUUCUACUUAGACACAUGAAUUAUAACUGCUGUAAAUAAUUUACAAUUGCAUAUUUUACUUCACAGACAGGGCUGUCUUUUGGGUUGGUGUGGCACUGAUAUUUAAGUAAGAAGAGGCAACAUCUCAUCAUACCUGCUAUACCAUAGUAAAAGUCUCUACCCAUAAGGCUAAUAUCAUCACUGCUACUAUAGGCACCAUCUCUCCCUACUAUACCUGCUAUCCUACAGUCACACUCCCUUCCCAGAGACUAUU